CGACGCAACGAAGAAAGCCUCACACGAGCCCAGCCUCCAGACAACUUGUGCGUCGACACUUCGCUCGAGUCCGGUUCGACGAGAUGCAGUCGAGACCGUGUCCCCACUCCUGCCACCGUCUUGACCAAAUCCAGCCUGUCCGACUCCGCACCUUCCGUGCACGACUGGCGAAACGACCAACUCAGCGGUCGUUAUGGCGACAAGUUUAGCCCAAGUCUGCGGCUGGCAGACCGGAUGGAUGUUGGUACAUCUGCCGGAAGGUCAGUCGGUGCGGCGCCUCCGAUGCCGGCGCAUCUGCCGCCUCCAGCACAGACGUCGAUCGCGGCUGUCUGGCCGCCGACGACGCAAGAGUGUGGCGAUGCCGACGCUCUUCAAGGCGCAGAAGGCAGCCGACAUCUGCUUCUCGGACAGACUCGGGCAGACGUCGACCCGGCGACUGGAAGUGGUUCAGCGCUGACCUUCUACCAGGCCCUGAUGACUCAACACCUCCAGACCCUGUUGAAGCCGGAGUUUGCCGCACUGCAUUCGCAGACAAAUACAACAGUCGCAUCCGCCCACUCAGGCCAUUUUCACCUUCAGCCAAUGCCGAGUGUGGAGAACAUGUACCACCAGAACCCGACAACCGGAUACACAGCCGUCCCACCCUAUUAUGGUGCGGCAGUCCUGUCUCCGAGGCGCCGACAGACGAACGGGGAGCCCGCGAGUUGCCACGACACCGGAGUACCGGAGGCCACCUCGACGCCGGUCGCCGAGUGGCGACGACCGCCCACCAGCUCCGCUUCUCAGACUUGUCGAAACAGUACCAUUCCCAAAAUGACCGACAUCUGCCUCUCAUCCUCACCCUGUUCUGCUUCCUCCUCCUCCUCCUCCUCCUCCUCUUCCUCACCCUCUUCUUCCUCCGCCUCUUCCUCGACCGCCUUGACGCCGCCACCGCGUCAGUUGCUGGGCCCUUGUCACUCCAACUCGCUCCUCUCAACCUCCGGCAACAUUACCUUAGUGCCUGGCUCGUCUACCAACACGUUGACCACCUCGAAAAACAGUCGUCUGGCCUGCGCUACACCCGCCACUCCACGAUCCGAUUGCUGGGCCGACCUGGAAGUCAAUCUGGGCCAGAACACCGAUGCUGACGCUGCCAAUGUUGCCAAGGAGAUGGUGAAAUCUGCUGGCAUCAUACCCGGUAGCCAUAGCAACGGUGUUUGCCGAAAGGUGUGUGACAAGGUGGGCAUUUCCAGCCUGACCGGAGAGCUGGCGACGUGCGCAGUGGGCCACUUCACAUGUCGAGUCUGCGCCAAGGCCUAUACACAAGCGUCCGCCCUCAAGAUGCACAUACGCACGCAUACAUUGCCCUGCCGGUGUGAACGGUGUGGCAAGUCAUUCUCGCGAAAAUGGCUGCUCAAGGGCCACGAACGGACACACACCGGCGAACGACCCUACCACUGUCAGUUGUGCUCUAGGUCGUUUGCCGACCGGUCGAAUCUUCGCGCACACAUGCAGACGCACCAGCGCGACAAACGCUAUCGUUGUCCCACAUGUCCGAGGUCCUUUUCGCGUAUGGGCCUUCUCAACAAACAUCUCAGCCACACCCACCGACACAUGCCGACAGGCCAACAUAUGAUUCCGGGUUUAUCGUUGACGCUUGUCAGCUCGAAGAGCACAAUCUGA